CCAAAGGACACGCUAUUCUGGCUCUGGUAUUAGGUCCCCCGUCUCUCUGCUUGCUUCUCUUUUUUAUAUCUCAAAAGAGAUUGGUUCAAGACACAAUCCAGUCUUGUAAACUGAGUCCUGCCUCAUUAACAUAACUGCCGCUAACCUCAUUUUAUCCAUAGCAUAAAACCAAACCCACUGCCGUCGAGUCGAUUCAGAACUGCCCCGUAGAGUUUCCAAGGAGCGCCUGGCAGGUUCGAACUGCUGACCUCCUGGUUAGCAGCUGUAGCACUUAGCCACUACACCACCAGGGUUUCCAUCUACAGCAUAGAGGUAGGAUUUACAACACAUAGGAAAAUCCCACCUGAUGACAAAAUGGUGGCUAAUCACGCAGUACUGGGAAUCAUGGCCAAGUCAAGCUGACGGAUAUUUGCGGGGGGACACAAUUCAAUCCAUGGCAGAGUGGGAUGGGGUUGGGAGGUUCAGUUGCUGACCCUAGGGAGGAAGGAGUUAAGUGGUGCUGCUGUCACCUGAGCUGGGCAUCAAAUUACCUGGGUCCAGGUUCCACUUGGAUGGGGCGGAGCCAGACCAGCACCUGGGCUUCUCUUACUGCUGCAGGCCUAGGUAAGCUCCGACGAGGAGGUCUGGGGGAACACCUGUGGCUAGGGAAAGGCUCUUACUGGGGGCCCUCACUUGACUGUCUGUCCCCAGGCCCCCAGCUAUGGCCCUGCCCCUACCUCCAGACCCUGGGACCCCAUCAGAGCCCCUUGAUCACCCCCCUGGAGCCCCUAGGGAACCGGACACUGCUGGGUGCACCCUCUGCUCUGCAUCUGAAGAGGAGGGAAUCAGGCUACAGCAGGCCCAGAAACUGGGGCAGGACUCUUUGGACCCUCUUGAGAACUUCCAGGGUGGGCUGGGAGGCACUGAGCCUACCACCAGCACCCCCAGAUUGCCAACGGCCUCUUCCCAUGAGGAGCCAGCCGGGGGCAGACACUGUGAGCACCUCAUCUCUGGCCACGAGGUAUUGGAGGCUGAGCAGGACAGCCUGGGCCUCUGCUUCCUUGGGCUGGGCCUCCAGCAGCAGCACCUGGAUCUGGCAUCAGCCCAGAGUGGGAUGGUCCAGCUGCAGGCCUUGCAGGCAGACCUACGAGGGGCAGCUGAGAGUGUGGAUGCGCUGCUGGCGUUCAGUGAGGGGCUGGCACGGCAGGGUGAGCUUCUGGCCCAGGCAUCGCAGGAGCAGGUCCUGAGGGCCCUCAGAGCCCAGCGAGACAGCAUAUUCCGGUGGCUGUGGAGGUUGCAGGCCAAGCUGGUCAGCUACAGGCUGGUGUUUGAGGAGGCAGACAGGCUGGACCAGGACUUGGAGGCUGAAGGGGACUCAGAUGGGCAAGGACCUGGUGGGGUUUGGGGGCCCUGGGCACCCGGUGGCCUCCCUACCCCUGCAGAGCUGGAGUGGGACCCAGCAGGGGACGUGGGGGGCCUUGGGCCCUUGGGCCAAAAGGCAGCCUGGACACCAGGGGCCCCUUGUGAGCUGUGUGGCCACAGGGGCCCCCAGGGCAGAGGACAAGACCUUGAGGAAUCCUAAACCUCCUUCUCCUGGCAGGACAUGCUCACGUUCGACCUCAGCCACCAGAAACACUUAUCAAGUCACCGAAGACGCUCCCUGACCCGGAAGCCUCAGGACAAGAAGAGGCAAGCAUCCCCCAGUCCCCAGGAUGUGAUGCUGGGGAUGGAUCCUGGAGCCGCUGCUCCUGCACCCAGGCAGCCUUUGACCUUCCUCCUCCUCCUCCUCCUCCUCUUCUUCCUCCUGGUGGGUGCCAUGUUGCCCUUGCCCAUAUCAGGGGGCCUCUGCUGCUCUCACGCCCGACUGGCCAGGACACCCUACCUGGUGCUCAGCUAUGUCAAUGGUCCCCCCCCAACCUGAGUACACAGCCCAGACACGUGAAAUAGAUGGUGACAGUCAAAUGAUGUGUGAGGAUAUCGGGGGCUUUGAAAAAAAAAAUCCAUUGCUGUCAAGCUGAUUCUGACUCAGUGACCCUAUAGGCAGAGUAGAACUGCCCCUUAGGGUCUCCAAGACUGUAAUCUUUAUGGAAGCAGACUGCCACAUCUUUCUCCCGAGGAGCGACUGGUGGGUUAGAACCACCGACCUUUCAGUCAGCAGCUGAGUGCUUUAACCACUGUGCCACCAGAACUCCUUAUUGGGUGCUUAAGUACCCAGAACCUAGGAUAAGGCCCUGAUGUGUCUGGAUGGCCCCCUCCCUGAGCACACACCCCUGCCUGUCUCCACAAACCCCUUGGCUUUGAGCACAGAACCUGUGAAUCAGCCUGUCUUGGUUUGGGUUCCUCCAAACCCUGAGAGAAAGAUUCAAGCACACGUAGUUUUUUUUAUCUGUGAGGUGAUCCUAAGAAGACUGGUAGGGAAUGGGGAAGGUAAAGAGGGAAGGGAGGACGCCAGUGCUGGGUGAGUUAAUGAGCUGGUUGUGGCUCCUGGCACCCAGGGACCACCACCCACCGGGGUCCUCUAGGAGACUUGAGGAACACUAGGGAUGCUGUCCCACCCACAGGGUGAGGAAGCUGUAGCAUUUAUAUCACAGCUUCCAUCCCUCAUUGGUUGGGGGCUGAUCUCAGAGACGUAACUCCCCAGCACUCUGGCCUGUCCUGCCUGUGAAGACCCUGAGGCUUGGCACAGGUGCUUGCUACAGGAAGUGAGCGGCAUGUAC